UCGCAGAAAUGAAUAAAAUGAAUGUAUCUCGAACUAAAAUUCAUCUGGAAUUAUUUGUCGCAGAAAUGGAUAAAAUGGAUGUAUCUAGAACUAAAAUUCAUCUAGAUACAUCCAUUUCUUCAACAAGUAUUCACAUAUAACUAGAACCAUGCAGCUGCGUCAUUGCAGAUCCAAAUGGGAUUGCUAGAUCUUGACGUAACCCAUAAUAAUUCCAAAGGACUUCUCAUGAGCACAUGCUCAGAACUUGACCUACCGGCGGCUUUUCUUUUCGUUCUCGUCAACCUAGUCGGCCUACCAUCAUCAGAUGACGCACCUUGACGUUAAACAAUCGAUUAAUCUGGCACAUUUUGUAAUCCAUUACAAAGCAGUAGAUGCCAGUCCACUCUCAGUGACCUCCGAAUGGCGACAAUGUCCAUACUCCAUUGUCUAUCCUCUGUGCCAGAGCUCCAAAAGAAGACGCAUAUACAAAUGGGAUUCCAAUCCAAGGUCACUGCAAACCUAGGACUAGGAGCAAGCGACUCCCGAAAGCGAAGGCGACGUUGACUGCCGCCGGCCCGUCACCGCCACCGCCAUUAACAGUCAGCUUCCAGAGCUCGUCGAAAGGGUCAAACACCAUCCAUGGAGCUCGCCGCGCUGCUCCUGCUCCUCCCCUUCCUCCUCGCCGGCCUCCUCUGCCUCGGGAAGAAGGACGGCGGGGCCGAUGCGCGGCGCCUCCCUCCGGCUCCUUGCGGCCUGCCCGUCAUCGGCAACCUGCACCAGGUGGGCGCGCUCCCACACCGCGCCCUGCGCGCGCUCGCCGCCGCCCACGGCGCGCCCGACCUCCUGCGGCUCCGCCUCGGCCAGGUCCCCGCGCUGGUCGCCUCCUCCCCGGCCGCGGCCGCCGAGCUCAUGCGGGCGCACGACCACGCCUUCGCCACGCGCCCCUACUUCCGCACCGCCGAGAUCCUCACCUACGGCUUCCGGGACCUCGUCUUCGCGCCCCACGGCGAGCACUGGCGCCACGUCCGCCGGCUCUGCUCCGAGCACGUCCUCAGCGCCGCCCGGUCGCGCCGCCACAGCGCCAUGCGAGAGCGGGAGGUGGCCGCCCUCGUCCAGGCCGUCGCCGACCGCGCCGCUUCUUCUUCUUCUUCCGCCGCCGCCGUGGUCGACGUGAGCGGGGCGCUGUACCGGUUCGCGAACGACGUGAUCUGCCGGGUGGUCUCGGGGGCUAGGCUGUCGAGAGAGGAGGAGGGAGGAGGAGGGAGGAGCGAGCUGUUCAGGGAGCUGAUCGAGGAUAACACGGCGCUGCUGGGCGGGUUCUGCGUCGGCGACUACUUCCCGGCGCUGGCGUGGGCGGACGCGCUGCUGUCCGGCGGCGGCGCGAGGGCGUGGAGGAACUUCAGGCGGUGGGACGAGCUGCUGGAAAAGGUGGUCGUUGAACACGAGGGGGCGAGGAGCGGUGCCGGCAUGGAGGAGGAGGAGGACUUCGUGGACGUGCUGCUGGCACUGCGGGAGGACGGGCACGGGCACGGGCAGGACGGGUUCGAGCUGAGCAGGGACAUCAUCAAGUCGCUAUUGGCGGACAUGUUCGCGGCGGGAACGGAAACGACAUACAUCGCGCUGGAAUGGGCCAUGUCGGAGCUGAUGAGGAACCCCGCGGCGAUGCGGAGGCUACAGCAGGAGGUGCGCAACGCCGCCGCCGCCGCAUCGGCCGGCGGCAUCGCCAAGGCCGACGCGCUCGGCGCGGCCACGGCGCCCUACCUGAAGGCGGUCGUGAAGGAGACGCUCCGCCUCCACCCGCCGGUGCCGCUGCUCCUGUCCCGCGAGUGCAUGCAGGACGCCGCCGUGCUGGGCUACCACGUCGCCGAGGGCACGCGGGUGUUCGUCAACGCCUGGGCCAUCAACCGCGACCCAGGCUCCUGGGACGCGCCCGAAGAAUUCCUCCCCGAAAGGUUCUUGGAGAGCGAGGUGGACUUCAGGGGCGGGCACUUCGAGUUCAUACCCUUCGGGGCCGGGCGGAGGAUCUGCCCCGGGAUGCAGUUCGGGCUGGCGACCGUGGAGCUCGCGCUCGCCAACCUGGUGCGCCUGUUCGACUGGGAGCUGCCGGACGGCAUGGCGCCGGAGGAGCUCGACAUGUCGGACGCGCCCGGGCUGACCACGCCAAGGCGGGUGGGCCUCCGGCUCGUCGCGAGGCCCGUUCGAGUGGGAUCAUGAAACAGGACUAGGCCCAGCAAGCAACGUGCAAAACUAGAGUUCAUGAAUGAAUCAAGAACACCCUCUCGCUAGGGUUUUUCCUCCCGGAGGCGAUUUUAUCGCCGCCGUCGAGAUCUUUGCUUCCCUCCUCCGAUCCCCCUCG